GGUGGGAGAGGCCGAAGGCGGGCGGGGGCGGGAGGCGGCCCUAGCGCCAUUUUGUGGGCACGAAGCGGUAGCUCGGCGGCUCUCUCGGCUUCCUCGCUGCGUCGGCUUCCUCUCCGUGCUUCCUAGCAGCGUCCUAGCGGAAAAUUAAAGAUGUCUGAGUACAUUCGGGUAACCGAAGACGAGAAUGAUGAGCCCAUUGAAAUACCAUCAGAAGAUGAUGGAACGGUGUUGCUGUCCACAGUUACAGCCCAGUUUCCAGGGGCAUGUGGCCUACGAUACCGGAAUCCAGUGUCUCAGUGCAUGAGGGGUGUCCGGCUAGUGGAAGGAAUUCUGCAUGCCCCGGAUGCUGGCUGGGGCAAUCUGGUGUAUGUUGUCAACUAUCCCAAAGAUAACAAAAGGAAAAUGGAUGAGACAGAUGCUUCCUCAGCAGUGAAAGUGAAAAGAGCAGUCCAGAAAACAUCUGAUCUAAUAGUGUUGGGUCUCCCUUGGAAAACAACAGAACAAGAUCUUAAAGACUAUUUCAGUACUUUUGGAGAAGUUCUUAUGGUUCAGGUCAAGAAAGAUCUUAAAACUGGUCACUCUAAGGGAUUUGGCUUUGUUCGAUUUACGGAAUAUGAUACCCAAGUGAAAGUGAUGUCCCAGCGACACAUGAUAGAUGGGCGAUGGUGUGACUGUAAACUCCCCAAUUCUAAGCAAAGCCCAGAUGAGCCUUUGAGAAGCAGAAAGGUGUUUGUUGGGCGUUGUACAGAAGACAUGACUGCUGAAGAACUUCAACAGUUCUUUUGCCAAUAUGGAGAAGUGGUAGAUGUCUUCAUUCCCAAACCAUUCAGGGCUUUUGCCUUUGUUACCUUUGCAGAUGAUAAGGUUGCCCAGUCCCUUUGUGGAGAGGAUUUGAUCAUUAAAGGAAUCAGCGUGCAUAUAUCCAAUGCUGAACCUAAACAUAAUAGCAAUAGACAGUUAGAAAGAAGUGGAAGAUUUGGUGGUAAUCCAGGUGGCUUUGGGAAUCAGGGUGGGUUUGGCAACAGUAGAGGGGGUGGAGCUGGCUUGGGAAAUAACCAGGGUGGUAACAUGGGUGGUGGAAUGAACUUUGGAGCUUUUAGCAUUAAUCCAGCAAUGAUGGCUGCAGCUCAGGCAGCACUGCAGAGUAGUUGGGGUAUGAUGGGCAUGUUAGCCAGCCAGCAGAACCAGUCGGGUCCAUCUGGUAAUAACCAAAGCCAGGGCAGCAUGCAGAGGGAACCAAAUCAGGCUUUUGGUUCUGGGAAUAAUUCCUACAGUGGUUCUAACUCUGGUGCUCCUCUUGGAUGGGGAUCGGCAUCAAAUGCAGGGUCAGGCAGUGGUUUUAAUGGUGGCUUUGGUUCAAGCAUGGAUUCUAAAUCCUCUGGCUGGGGCAUGUAGGCAGUGGGUUGGUGAUAGGUUGGUGGGUCGGUUGAUAGGUAGGUAGGUCUAGAAUGGUGGGAUUCAAAUUUUUCUAAACUCAUGGUAAGUAUAUUGUAAAAUACAUAUGUACUAAAAAUUUUCAGAUUGGUUUGUUCAGUGUGGAGUAUAUUCAGCAGUAUUUUUGACAUUUUUCUUUAGAAAAAGAGGAAAAGCUAAAUGAAUUUUAUAAGUUUUGUUAUAUAAAGGGUUAAAAUACUGAGUGGGUGAAAGUGAACUGUUUGCCUAAUUGGUAAACCAACACUACAAUUGAUCUCAGAAGGUUUCUCUGUAAUAAUCUGUCAUUGGACUUGUUAAAUGGAUUCUUUGCAUGUUCAGAGUAGAAACCAUUGGUUAGAACUACAUCCUUUUCUCAUUUUAAUUUGAAUCCCACCCUAUGAAUUUUUUCCUUAGGAAAAUCUCCAUUUGGGAGAUCAUGAUGUCAUGGUGUUUGGUUUUGGUUUUGUUUUUAACACUUGUCUUCCUUCAUAUACGAAAGUACAAUAUGAAGCCUUCAUUUAAUCUCUGCAGUUCAUCUCAUUUCAAAUGUUUAUGGAAGAAGCACUUCAUUGAAAGUAGUGCUGUAAAUAUUCUGCCAUAGGAAUACUUCUGUCUACAUGCUUUCUCAUCCAAGAACUCGUCAUCACGCUGCACAGGCUGCGUCUUUGACGGUGGGUGUUCCAUUUUUAUCCGCUACUCUUUAUUUCAUGGAAUCGUAUCAACGCUAUGAACGCAAGGCUGUGAUAUGGAACCAGAAGGCUGUUUGAACUUUUGAAACCUUGUGUGGGAUUGAUGGUGGUGCCGAGGCAUGAAAGGCUAGUAUGAGCGAGGAAAGGAGAGAGCGCGUGCAGAGACUUGGUGGUGCAAAAUGGAUAUUUUUUAACUUGGAGAGAUGUGUCACCCAAUCCUGUGGCUUUGGUGAGAGAGUGUGCAGAGAGCAAUGAUAGCCAAUAACGUACGAAUGUUUUUGCAUCAAAGGACAUCCACAUCUGUUGGAAGACUUUGAGUUUUGUUCUUAGAAAACCCACUUUAGUUGAAUGUGUUAAGUGAAAUACUUGUACUUCCCUCCCCUCUGUCAACUGCUGUGAAUGCUGUAUGGUGUGUGUUCUCCUCUGUUACUGAUCUGGAAGUGUGGGCACGUGAACUGAAGCUGAUGGGCUGCGAACAUGGACUGAGCUUGUGGUGUGCUUUGCAGGAGAACUUGGAAGCAGAGUUCACCAGUGAGCUCAGGUGUCUCAAAGGGUGGACGUUCUCAUGUCUGUUAGCAACCAUAAGAAUGCUGUUUGCUGCAGUUCUGUGUCCUGUGCUUGGAUGCUUUUUAUAAGAGUUGUCAUUGUUGGAAAUUCUUAAAUAAAACUGAUUUAAAUAA